ACAUUUACAGCUGACAAACGUUUUGUUACUCAUCUUUGAAACUUCCUCGCCGCGUGAGAAACCGCUGUUGCUAAUUUAAUAAAUAUUUUCUGAAUAGUCUGCUAAACUGUAAAGCACUUAAUUAAAUAUGCAACCACAAAUCGUGCUUUUGAAGGAAGGUACCGACACUUCACAGGGCAAACCGCAGUUAAUUUCCAACAUAAAUGCCUGCCAAUCUAUUGUGGACGCUGUGCGCACCACAUUGGGUCCGCGUGGUAUGGAUAAGCUAAUUGUUGAUUCCAGCGGUAAGGCGACAAUUUCAAAUGAUGGCGCCACGAUUAUGAAGCUUUUGGAUAUCGUACAUCCAGCUGCCAAAACGUUGGUGGAUAUUGCUAAGUCUCAAGAUUCAGAGGUUGGCGAUGGUACUACUUCAGUGGUGCUUUUGGCUGGUGAAAUCCUGAAACAAGUGAAACCAUUUGUUGAAGAAGGUGUACAUGCCCGCAUUAUUAUUAAGGCGAUUCGUAAAGCCUUGCAAUUGUGUAUGACUAAAAUCAACGAAAUGGCUGUUCGUGUGGAAGCACAAUCCAAGGAACAACAACGUGCUUUGCUUGAAAAGUGCGCUGCCACAGCAAUGUCUUCAAAAUUGAUUCAUCAACAGAAGGACUUCUUUUCGAAAAUGGUUGUUGACGCAGUGCUUUCUUUAGAUGACUUGCUACCAUUGAAUAUGAUUGGCAUCAAGAAGGUAACAGGUGGUUCGCUAGAAGAAUCAGAACUUGUCUCUGGUGUAGCUUUUAAGAAGACCUUCUCUUAUGCCGGUUUUGAAAUGGCACCAAAAUCAUAUAAAAAUUGUAAAAUUGCCUUGCUAAACAUUGAAUUGGAAUUGAAGGCAGAACGCGACAACGCCGAAAUUCGUGUUGAUAACGUUAAAGAAUACCAAAAAGUGGUUGAUGCCGAAUGGCAAAUUCUAUACAAUAAGUUGGCCAAGAUCCAUGAAUCUGGUGCUAAUGUUGUAUUAUCCAAACUUCCAAUUGGGGAUGUUGCUACGCAGUAUUUCGCAGAUCGUGAUAUGUUCUGUGCCGGUCGUGUGCCUGAGGAGGAUUUGAAACGUACAAUGAAGGCUUGCGGUGGUGCAGUAAUGACCACAGCCAAUGAUAUUAAUGCCAGUGUAUUGGGUCAUUGUGAUUACUUUGAAGAACGUCAAGUAGGUGGCGAGCGUUUCAACAUCUUCCAAGGUUGCCCCAAUGCCGAAACAUGUACUUUGAUAUUGCGCGGAGGUGCGGAACAAUUCCUUGAAGAAACCGAACGUUCAUUACACGAUGCUAUUAUGAUUGUGCGACGUACAAUAAAACAUGAUUCCGUUGUUGCUGGUGGUGGCGCCAUCGAAAUGGAACUUUCGAAAAUCUUGCGUGACUAUUCAAGAACCAUCGCCGGUAAGGAGCAGCUGUUGAUUGCUGCCAUUGCAAAAGCACUCGAGAUUAUUCCACGUCAACUGUGCGACAACGCUGGUUUUGAUGCCACAAAUAUUUUGAAUAAACUUCGUCAAAAGCAUGCUCAGGGCGGCCAAUGGUACGGUGUUGACAUCACCAAAGAGCACAUCGCCGACAACUACGAUCAGUGCGUCUGGGAGCCUUCCAUUAUUAAGAUAAACGCUUUAACUGCCGCUGCCGAGGCUGCCUGUAUGAUACUCUCCGUUGACGAGACCAUCAAGAGUCCCAAAGCUGGUGAGAUGCCAAUGGCCGGCGGUAUGGGUCGCGGCAUGGGUAGACCAAUGUGAGCGUAAACAACUUAAAUGAUAUGUAACCACAUCGUAAAUUUACUAGAAGCUAUAGUUUCCCAAAAAAACAAAAACUGUUUUUCUAAAACUUAAAAUGUACUAGUAUUUUAUUAUUUGCAUAGAAUCAUACAUUCUUACAUAGAAAAAAAAACUUCGUUUGAAGCACUUCAUGUCUAAAAUAAAUAACUAUCGCCUAACACUUAUCUACUAUUAAAUUACUAUGCUUUUAAUAAAUAAAGAUAACAAAUUAAACAAACAAAAAAAAAA